AUCAAUGCUAUCUCCUUGCCAAGAAAUAAUAAGUGAGAAAUAAGGCCAGAGGUGAGGUUCAUCCUGUGUUCUCCGAGACUCCCAUGCAACACUGGCUCCCAGAGACUUUUGGUUUUUACAUGCUCCAGAAUCUUAACUGAGGAAGAGCGUUGUCACAAGAAAUUAAAAGUAUAUAAAGAGAACAUGGCCAAGCGAGUGGCGAUCGUGGGAGCCGGGGUCAGCGGCCUGGCCUCCAUCAAGUGCUGCCUGGAGGAAGGACUGGAGCCCACCUGCUUCGAGAGGAGCGAUGACCUUGGGGGACUGUGGAGAUUCACUGAAUAUGUUGAAGAAGGCAGAGCCAGUCUCUACAACUCUGUUGUCUCCAACAGCAGCAAGGAAAUGUCCUGUUACUCAGAUUUUCCAUUCCCAGAAGAUUACCCAAAUUUUGUGCCAAAUUCCCUCUUCCUGGAAUAUCUUAAACUGUAUGCAAACCGGUUUGAUCUUCGGAAAUGCAUUCAAUUCAAGACUAAAGUAUGCAGUGUGAGAAAAUGCCCAGAUUUUGCCACUUCUGGCCAAUGGGAAGUGGUCACUCUGCAUGAAGGGAAGCAAAACUCGGCCAUCUUUGAUGCUGUCAUGGUCUGCACUGGUUUUCUCACUAACCCUUCCUUGCCACUGGAUUCCUUCCCAGGCAUAAAUACCUUUAAAGGCCAGUACUUCCAUAGCCGGCAGUAUAAGCAUCCAGAUAUAUUUAAAGACAAGAGAGUUCUUGUGGUUGGAAUGGGAAAUUCUGGCACAGACAUUGCUGUGGAGGCUAGCCACCUGGCCAAAAAGGUGUUCCUCAGCACCACCGCAGGGGCAUGGGUCAUCAGCCGAGUCUUUGACUCAGGGUACCCCUGGGACAUGGUGUUCAUGACACGGUUUCAGAAUAUGUUCAGGAAUGCUCUUCCAACUCCAAUUGUGUCUUGGCUGAUCGCCAAAAAGAUGAACAGCUGGUUUAAUCAUGAAAAUUAUGGUGUGAUACCAGAAGACAGGGUUCAGCUAAGAGAGCCUGUGCUGAAUGAUGAGCUGCCUGGCCGUAUCAUUACUGGAAAAGUCUUGAUCAAGCCAAGCAUAAAGGAAGUGAAGGAAAACUCUGUCGUAUUCAAGAACACCCUAAAAGAAGAGCCCAUUGAUAUCAUUGUCUUUGCCACUGGAUAUACCUUCGCUUUCCCCUUCCUUGACGAAUCUGUAGUGAAAGUUGAAGAUGGCCAGGCAUCGCUAUACAAAUAUAUCAUUCCAGCACAUCUGCAAAAACCAACCCUGGCUGUGAUUGGCCUCAUCAAACCCCUAGGCUCCAUGGUGCCCACAGGAGAAACACAAGCUCGAUGGGUGGUUCAAGUAUUCAAAGGUACGACUCUCCUACCACCACCAAGCAUCAUGAUAAAGGAAGUUAAUGAAAGAAAAGAAAACAAGCACAGUGGGUUUGGCUUGUGCUACUGUAAAGCUCUACAGUCAGAUUACAUUCCCUACAUAGAUGAUCUCCUGACCGCCAUCAACGCAAAACCCAAUUUGUACUCUCUGCUCCUGACUGACCCGCUUCUGGCAUGGGCUGUCUUCUUUGGCCCAUGCUCACCUUACCAGUUCCGCCUGACCGGCACAGGAAAAUGGGAAGGAGCCAGAAAAGCCAUCCUGACACAGUGGGACCGAACAGUGAAAGUCACCAAAACACGAAUUGUACAAAACUCUCCAUCUGCCUUUGAAAGCUUGCUUAAAUUCAUUGGCUUUCUGGCUUUGCUGGUAGCUGUGCUCUUGGUUUUCCUCUGAGUGAAAGAUCAUCUACAUGGUUUAUAAAUGCUCAGUGUGGAGUGUACUCCCCUGACUCCUUUUAUUGCAAAUGCCUUGCCUUUAUAUUAUAAACCAUGUCCAGAGAUCGAAGGCCACCCCUUCUCUUCCCCAACCCACCCCACAGUCUCCCUCUGGUAUUCCCAGGCCUCUCCCAGCUCAUUAUGUCUAAGGCACCAAGAUGAUGACUAACAUUUCUGUGCCCUUGAAGGCACUGAAAGGUUUCCAACUCAGAAUAGGGCUGUGCUAGACAAAAGUCUGAACAGUCAUCUCCUUAUCCAUAAAAACUGCUUUUAUAAGCAAAGAGGUGAAAAUGCCCAAGAAGCAUUGUACUCAUAACCUGACUUAUGAAAUUGUAACUCCUUUGUACAUCUCCUUAAAAAUAAACAAGAGUUUUCUGGAAAAAGAAAUGCUACUUUUAUCAAUCUAAACUAAAACACCCUACCUCAUUUUUUAAAAACUUGAUUUGCACUAAGAUGAUGUUCUUGGGCUAUUAAUUAACAAAUAUUAAAACAGACGAGAGAAAUCUAGAAAUUA